AUGUUGAUCGCAAAUAUGGCCAUUUCCGACCUGCUCUAUCCAAUAUUCUGGGUUCCUGCUCGUCUGGCAGAAGAGAACGCCGGCUCGUGGCUUAUUGGUGGUACCCUCGGUCAGGCCUUGUGCAAGCUACACUCUUUUCUUUCAGACCUUUGCUCGUUAGUAUCGAUUCAGAGCCUUGUUCUGAUAACAGUGGAUCGAUUUGUAGCUGUUGUAGUUCCACUCCGUUCCCCUCUCAUAAGUAGAAAGCUGUGUCUAUUCUUCAUUGUCGCUUCGUGGAUCGUCGCAAUGGCCGUUCAUUCGCCAUAUCUUGUUGCUUUAAAACUUGUUAAAUACCCAGAAGGACUGAGGUGCGAACUUCUGUGGCAGGAAGCCUUCCAAGGAAACACAUAUCCAAAUUACUUCCUAGCAUGUGCUAUCGUGUUUUUCUACAUUCCGUUUGUCCUCUUGGUGAUACUUUACUCCAUCAUCCUGAUCAAGCUUAAAACGCAAGUCCAUCCAGGUGAACAGUCAGCCAACGCUGAGGGACAGAGGGCAAGAAGAAAUAGAAAAGUGCUCAAGAUGGCCACUGCUAUCGUGGUAGUGUUUUUCGUUUGCUGGAUACCCUUUGUUAGUAACGGGAUAAUACACAAGUUCAGUGCACCAGACAGUCUUAUAAUUUCUUCUUGUAGUUUUCAUCUAUACCGUACUGUCACCUUCUUUAUGGCUUUUGCAAACUGUGCUAUUAACCCGAUUAUCUGCCUCAUUCUUAACAGUAACUACCGCCAAGGUCUUAAGAGACUUGUGAGUUGCUGUGCCGCCGAUGCAGUGGAACAUUAAUGUUUGAAGACUGAAAGCCGGGUCUGAAGAGAUUCAUUAAAAGAAAAAAAAAAAGAAGAAGACCAAUAACAACUAAUAUGUUAUGUAAAAUAACAGCGAAAUCUCGAAAGAAAUGCAUGUGAAUUAUGUUUUCGGCUGCAAAGUAAUAUAAUCUGGAGCACGCCCUAACCCUAACUCUAAGAAGGGUGGAAAAUGUUAUUAUAUGAACGCAUUUGCAACGUAUAAUUUUGCCGAAAAACGCCGAUUGAAGCCAGCAGAGCCGUUUUAUUAUUUAUAGACAGUUUCAGUGCACCAGACAGUCUUAUUUUUUCUUCUUGUAGUUUUUAUCGAUACUUUAAUGUCACCUUCUUUAUGGCUUACGAAAACUGUGCUAUUAACCCGAUUAUCUGCCUCACUCUUAGCAGUAACUAUCGCCAAGCUCUUAAGAGACUUGUGAGUUGCUGUGCCGCCCGGAUGCAGUGGAAUAUUAAUGUUUGAAGACUGAAAGCCGGGUAUGAAGAGAUUCAUUAAAAAAAAAGAAGACUAAUAACUAUUAACUGUUAUGUAAAAUAACAGCGAAAUCACGAAAGAAAUGCAUGCGAAUUAUGUUUUCGGCUGCAACGUAAUCUGGCCGGAAAUCCUUGCCGUGGGAGUCUUAACCCCAAAAGAACGGUGACCUGAACUUCAGCUAGCCUGCGAAAGCAUCCGCUUCUUCUCGCUCUUCGCCGCUGGGGAUGUUUCGCGAAACGUCCCCAGCGGCGAAGAGCAAGGAGAAAUGGAUGCUUUCGCAGGCUAAACUUAUUAAUAAGCGAGAGCAAGGAUAAAGGAGACCAGUCCGUUAAUCGAGCGGCCUAUAUAAAGCCCGAGAGUGAAUAAACACGGAGAUUAUGCGAAAUGGUUUUGAAAUACUCGUUUUGAGCCACUCUUACUCAAAUGUAUCUUUGAAUUCAUGAUAAAUACAGCUCUACAAGGUUCGAACAGUGUGAAUGGCAGAUGAAAAUACUUCAACACUUUUAAUUUUCGUGUAGUGGUCGCUUGGCCCAGUGGUCAGUGGCCGCACUUUUUGGCUGGAGGAACUGUUGGGGUGCGGGUUCAAAUCCCGGGGUGGCUACUUCCGUUCUUUUUUUCAUCGUAUUUUUACCUUUUGGCUUUCUCACUACUGACCAUGUUAGCUUCGCGAGAUUUUUGCGAAAACAUAUUUUUAGUUUAAUUAUAUUGACAAUAUAUAUUGCAUAAAAGUAGGUGUCACUACAGACUAAAGCAACGUUUUUGAUGUCACAGUAUUAAACUCAGCGACGGUUGAGUGGUAUCAUUUUCAGUAACUUUUAAACAAAGCAGUAACGAAGUCGACUGUAGAAGGAGCAGAUGACUUGUCCAGGUGCCCCAUUCAAACGUAUGACUUAACAUGUUUAAUUAAACCAUGUUUUUAAACAUGAAAAACGGACGCGAAAAACAGGAACACAGGUUUUUAAUUACACAGGAUGCAGUAAUAAAAUUCAACCCGUUUUGUAAUUUGCAAUAAAGUUGCCAUCAACCUAAAGUGCUUUUAUGUAGGCAAGAAAAAAUUAUACCGUCUUUGACUAAACAACUUUUAAUUUAUAUGUUUAAGCUUUGGUGUGAAUGGGGCAUAGGCCGAUCAGCUGGGUGAAAACUUUCGAAAAUAAAAUCGAUAAAACAGUUCAAUUCAGCUUUAUCUACUAAGCAGUCUUUCCUUUAACUUUUUUUAUGAGAAAAAAAAAAGAAGACAAAGAAACCUUACUUUAAACAAGGGUCUUUUACAAAUGCAUAGAAUAGCUGUAUCCUUUUAGAAAGUUAGCAGUUUAUAUAUAGGCAAAAGUUAAAUGUUUAUUUAACAAUUAGCUCAUGCGUCAGCGUGAGUAUAUCAACUUUAUCAGGCAAACGGGAAAUUUGGGGCGUGAGAGUUGCUCCAUUCGAAGACGGAAUGGCAAAGUUGUAUCGUUAUACCAAGUUAAGCACUAGUUAAUACAGAAUUGACUUUACACCUUCUGCGGCAAUAACAGAGGCAAAAGCCAGUGAAAGUUAGCUUAGGGAGAAAGUGAAAGUUAGCUCAAGGAAAAUAAUUUUUCAGAUGUUUUUAGUAAAUUAGCUAUGAACACGUGUACCACCAUAUCUGAUGUUAAUGAUCAUGCAGAUCAUAACUAUUCGUGGCUCUUUUCUAGAAAUGAGUAUGGCCCGAUGGUGUUUACAGAAAUGCAAAAGUUUUGAAGAUAUAGACAAUGUGGCACUAGUGUGAAAGUCUAAACGCCUCUUUCGGUUUAUUCACAUUUUAUUGGGAAAGAAUAGAUCAUUGAUAUUUUGUGGAUGUUUUUAAUAAAACAAUCAUUCCAAUCCCGCUUUCUGGAUAUGGAAUUAUUUUAUGGCCAACGAAGCACGUUGCUUGAUUCUCUUCACCUCUUUAUCUUUGUUGAAGUAGGCCAAAAUAUUUACUAACAAUGAAUACUAAUCAAAGAACUCUUUCUUGCUGCUGGCUAAAACCAUCUCUUUGAUUCUUUCAGGUCCCAGUGGUUUUCAUUUGAUCCAUCUCGAACUUUUUUUUAAAUUCGCAUAUAAAUUGAUAAUAUUCCUCAAAGCCUCAAUUGAAAGUCGGCGCCAUUAGACACUAAAGCAACGUUAAACUAAGCGAAAGUUUGGUGGUAUCUUUUUUUUCAGGUACACUGACAGGACUGUAAUAAAUUUCAACGCGCAUUGUAAUUUCCAUUAAUUUUGUCAUCAACAACCUAAGAUUUGUAUCAAGGAAAAAACUUUUAAACCCUGUCCAACUAAUUAGCUUUUAAACACGUUUAAGCUUUGUUGUGAAUAACCUCGAAGAUGAAAUCGAUGAAACAAAGCAACUAAAUGGUCAUGUAUACUACGUUAUUUUAUGGUGUACACAAAAUUGCAAAGCAAAUUAUCAGCGUUCGAAGUUUAGCUUUAUCCGCUAAGUUAGCUGUCUUCCCUUUAACUUGUUUUGAAAAUUAGAAUGUUGGCUGUUUGAUUUGCCCUGGCUCUUACAGACCUGGGGCCGGUUGCUGGAAGCCUGGUUAGCGCUAACCGUUGGUUAAGAGGUAUCAAAACGUAUAGGUUUCCAUGGUAUUUAACGCUGGUUAGCACUAACCAUGCUUCGAGCAACCCUGGCCUGGACGUUACUUUAAACAAGACAAUUAGUGUCUUUAAAAAAUGCAUAGGAUAGGAGGUAAUUAGCACGUUUCCAAACCGGAAAAUGAACUUUUAUUGUAUAGCAUGUUAAUUAGCAGGUUAUACAAAUAUAACUUUAUACCAUCUCGUCAUUUAAAAAACUAAUUAGAGGAGAUUUAUAAUAAAUAGAGUUUAGAGAGAAAGUGAACGUUAGCUCAUGGACAAAAAAUAAUUUUUUCCGACGUUUUUAGUAAACUAACUACGAACAGAUGUGCACCACCAUAAAUGUUGGUAGUCAGAUCAUACUUAUUCGUGACGCUUUUCUAGAAUGACUAUUCAUCAAUUGGUCCGUUAGCUUGGGACCAGGCUCCGCUCGCAGAUUUUUCUCUUUCGCCCUUUCCCCACUGGGGAGCCUGGUCGCAGGCUAUUGAUCCGUUGACGUUGAAGCAAAUGAAAAAGUUUAAUUGAUAUAGACAUGUGUCACUAGUGUAAAAGUCUCUAAUAUCUCGUUCGGUUUAUUAAAAAAAAAAAAAAUUCGGAAAGGAGCGAUCAAUGAUAUUUUAUGGCCGUUUUUAAUAAAACAAUUAUUCUACCCGCACUUGCUGAAUAUGAGAUGUUUAUGGCCGACUCGGCACAUAGGCCCGUAUUCAACGCGAGCACUUUUCGAAUAAUUGUUGAUUAUUGUGCGUAACGUACAGUGAAAUGCAACAUCGAAUAGAUCUCUAUUGAAAGCAUCAUGAUUAUCACUCCCAUUUUCAAUAUUGUACCUUCUUUAUUUCAGGUACCAUCUGAGUGAGUUUAAAGGUGAUAUGUCAUGAGAAUAUUGCUGUUAGGUCUGUGCUUAUUAAUAAGUGAUAUAGAAAAUAACCUGACAUAGUCCCCUGAUGGGUCCUCUGAUAGUAUACAGUGGAACCUAACGAACCCCUAUAUAACGAAAUCCUCGGUAUAACGAACGACUUUCUUUACACCUGUAAUUAUAGUAAAAAAUACCAAAAAGAACCUCGAUAUACCGAAACCUCGGUGUAGCCAACAAAUUUUGCCAGUCUCUUGGCCCGUCUAUAUUUUAUCGACGACCCAGCCGGUGAAUAACGUAUAUGUAUGAUGACCUUAUUAUUCGCAUACUGAUUCUAAGUUUUACAAGACCUGAGUGAAUGCCAAAUUUAUAAUCAACAUGUUAAAUAUUUAGCAAACAAAAUUCCAUUUGUAGUUGAUUUAACUUUGCUCUAGUAAUCAUGACUUGAGUGUGUAUGUUUUAUCCCGGCAAAUUUGACCUCUUUGAUCAAGGUAUUUUAUUUGUCUUCUCUGUUAUUGGUAAUAUGCCAUUGUUUGCUCAAUAAUUUUGCUAAAGUUGUUGUUCCACCAACCUCUGAGAUCCGACUGAAUCGACAAUUUGUUAAACUAAACAGGAAUUUAGUUAUCUAACUGAAAAAGAGCAAAGCUGUACUUUUGAGAACAGCUGAAAUGGCUAAUAGUGUCCCUUUACACAAAUUUUAUGUGAAUAUUAUUGCGAUAGGGUCGACGAGUUUUAAGAGUUCCAAAGGGAGUUAAUUGCAAGGGUGAAUUCUGCUGUAGUAGACUGUAUUGAUUGAAAUGAACGAGUAGCAGAAAGCAUAAUGUAAGAGGCACAACAAGAAUGCGCUAAAACAGUGUAGACCUUCUUGGUGACCUCAAAUAAUGUAAACCGACAUAAAUUAGUAAAUAAAUAAAUGCGUCAUUUCAUGGAAACUCAUUUAGCAUUUUUGAUAUGGGACCAUUAAUUGACUGUAGAUUGGCAAUUCAAUCGGAGAAACCAUAAUAAUUUGUCUCCGUUUGCUGUCAUCUUCCUACAAUUAAAAUAUAGUGGCGCCUAAAUGUUGUCAAUAGUAGAAUUAUAUAUAGAACAAAGAACAGAAGAUGUUUUGUAAGCAAAAGACUCAAGAGAACAGACCUGUCGAAGAAUCCGAGUAAGCAUGAACACAACAGCAAAUGUGGGAUCAAAUUUCAGAAGCUGCCGCUUCAGUCUGAUAAGUCAAGAAGCACUAAAAAUUGAGCACAUGGUUGCCUUCAGCCUGAUCCUUGUUGUUUCGUUGGUUGGAAAUUCUCUCAUCGUAUUAAUUGUUUACAAAACACCAACUUUGAGAAAACCGAUAAAUAUGUUGAUCGCAAAUACGGCCAUUUCCGACCUGCUCUAUCCAAUAUUCUGGGUUCCUGCUCGUCUGGCAGAAGAGAACGCCGGCUCGUGGCUUAUUGGUGGUACCCUCGGUCAGGCCUUGUGCAAGCUACACUCUUUUCUUUCAGACCUUUCCUCGUUAGUAUCGAUUCAGAGCCUUGUUCUGAUAACAGUGGAUCGAUUUGUAGCUGUUGUAGUUCCACUCCGUUCCCCUCUCAUAAGUAGAAAGCUGUGUCUAUUCUUCAUUGUCGCUUCGUGGAUCGUCGCAAUGGCCGUUCAUUCGCCAUAUCUUGUUGCUUUAAAACUUGUUAAAUACCCAGAAGGACUGAGGUGCGAACUUCUGUGGCAGGAAGCCUUCCAAGGAAACACAUAUCCAAAUUACUUCCUAGCAUGUGCUAUCGUGUUUUUCUACAUUCCGUUUGUCCUCUUGGUGAUACUUUACUCCAUCAUCCUGAUCAAGCUUAAAACGCAAGUCCAUCCAGGUGAACAGUCAGCCAACGCUGAGGAACAGAGGGCAAGAAGAAACAGAAACGCGCUUAAGAUGGCCACUGCUAUCGUGGUAGUGUUUUUCAUUUGCUGGAUACCCUUUCUUAGUAACGCGAUAAUAGACCGUUUCAGUCCACCAGACAGUCUUAUUUUUUCUUCUUGUAGUUUUUAUCGAUACUUUAAUGUCACCUUCUUUAUGGCUUACGCAAACUGUGCUAUUAACCCGAUUAUCUGCCUCAUUCUUAACAGUAACUACCGCCAAGCUCUUAAGAGACUUGUGAGUUGCUGUGCCGCCGAUGCAGUGGAACAUUAAUGUUUGAAGACUGAAAGCCGGGUCUGAAGAGAUUCAUUAAAAGAAAAAAAAAAAGAAGAAGACCAAUAACAACUAAUAUGUUAUGUAAAAUAACAGCGAAAUCACGAAAGAAAUGCAUGUGAAUUAUGUUUUCGGCUGCAAAGUAAUCUGGAGCACGCCCUAACCGUAACUCUAGGAAGGGUGGAAAAUGUUAUUGUAUGAACGCAUUUGCAACGUAUAAUUUUGCCGAAAAACGCCGAUCGAAGCCAGUAGAGCCAUUUUAUUAUUCUGUUCACUGAAACAGCUUCUAGAUGGUUUGCUGCAGAACCGGCAAGACAUCCAAAGAAAACGGUAUGAUAUUAGCAGAUCGACAUGCAAACUUUGAAACCUAAGUAAAGGAGCGCAGGUAGACAUAUUUCUACUACGAACCAAGACGAGGGACUUGAGCAUAGGUGAAAGAAGAGGCCAAUUAGCCACGGUCGUCCUACAUUGUAAAGACAACUGAUGUGUCUGAACUAAAGUGCCAUAGAGUAUACUCUGCUGAAGCGUUUAGAAAAAAAAUCUUUCAACACAGAGAGGCAUACUAAAGUGUUCAGCCUGCCCUUAGUUGUCAUCACCAGAAUCACCCCGAGCACCUGCCCAGUCACGUGCACCGGUGCCAUGUUACAAAUAUGGCGUGGACAAACAUCUUUCUUUCUUUUUGCGAAUAAUAACUAGGGGAUGUUGGAAAAAUGGACUGCGUGACUGUCACGCUGUGAAAGUAAACUUUGUUCCUUUUGAUCUAGUUACUUAGUGAUAAAUUGUAAUGAAGGUGAUGUAGGUUUAGGAUUUUGAAACUAUAAUCAUCUUUGUAGCAUGGACAUUAAAUUGUGAAGUGAUUCGAGUCUGUAGGUCGUUUUAACGUGAAUAUUUUCUGGAAAAUCUCUUGUGUUAGAAGCAAUCGGAAGAUUCCUGACAGGGCAACUUCAAGGGAGAAAAUUGUGGUAUACCCUGACGCCGAGUGAGAAAUUAGUAGAUUUUUCGCUGUUUGUGCGAGGAACAAUUUAAAGACUUUCUCCUCUGUUUCAGCUGUAGCAUUUUCUACGGAAUGCUUCAUUUCCCUCGUUUAUAUGUUGCCUAUAGUCACCGACGAAGUCCGCCAUGUUUUAAUUUGUUAUUGUGUAAAACUUGAUGACAUUAAGAAGUGACGUCAGUAUUCCGUUUUAUUCCAAAUAUUCUGCUCAGCUGAUCUGUAUUUGGAAUAUCUGUUCCACUUAGUUUAGAACUGGAGUAACAGGUCAAUCGAACGGAUAUUCCGGAUCUUUCAAUUGUAUUCCUAUUGAGCUCAAACCAAGUUAGAAUCGCAUCGUGUUUCGGUUAUUUCUUAGAGCAUUAGAGACGUGUACCAUAAAUAAUAAUUAUCCGCUUUUGUAUAAAUCGUAUGAAAACUAGCUAGAGAGACGUGUAUCUCGUUGUUUAACAUUCUGACUUCAGCUGUCUUAGCGUUAGGCAUUAAGCCAUAAGGACCUUACAUCUUCUUUUGCAUGCUGAUUCUGAGAUGUGAAAGACGAAUAAAUUUCAAAUUAAUACAAAACGUCAAAGGUUUAGUGAACAAAAUUCUAUUUGUUUAGUCACUGGCAUGAGCUUCGCUCUAGUAUUUAUGACCUGUGUGUGUACCUUAUAUCGCGGCAAAUAUGACCUCUUUGUCACGGUAUUUUAUUAAUUUGACGUCUCCAUUAUUGCAAAAAGCCCAGUGAGGGCGAGUCGACGAGUCUUAGAGCUCCUAGGGAAUUAAUUUCAAGGGCGAAUUCUGCAGUUGUUGACUACAUUUAUUGAAAUGGAAAAAUAGCAGAAAACAUAAUGUAAGCCAAAUCAAUGCAGUAUAAACAGUGUAUACCUUCCUUUCUGUGAUCUUGGAUAAUGUAAACCGAAAAGAAAUAAUAUGCAAAUAUAAGAAAAGGAAAGUGUUCAAGAACGGGGCGAGAGAACCCCUGGGAUGCUACUCUAAAAGAACCAGUUCCACGACUUAUUCGAACGCUUGUCUGUGAUUGGGCAAAAAAAUAUUUUUGUGCCCAAUCAGAAGCCAACAUGUAUUGUGCUGCCUUCGUAACCUUCUUACACGAAAGAGUUCACCUGCAAACUCGACUGUUUCCUCUCCGCCCCUGAAAAAAAAUCAGUCUGGCUCGUGCGGGAGAGUUUCUUCGAGAAGAGGUUUCAGUGAAUUCAAAAUGAGCCCUUAAAGUCUACUCUACCAGUUUCAUUCGACCUUCUUGUAUCACUGAAGAGAAACAUUUAACAACAAAUUUACAAACUUUAAAGGCCGAAAAAAUGUCUCCUGCACGCGCCUGCAUGAGUAUGCCGAGCAGACGUAAACAAACACCCAGACGAUUUCGCACGAACAAGCCUAGAAGUACCCUGGUAUUUACGAAUUGACCUUCGAGCAGUCCACAGGCGGAUUUCUUCAAUUGUUGCAUUUUUCGUUUUAUUUUGGUUUGGUAACAUGCUAAAUUAUGGGGUAAGAUUUCCGUAUAACCCCAUACACUUAUUAUGCGUGCAUGUUUCCACUCUAUUCAUUUUCAUAAUUAUCAAGUAGUAUGAAAUUGCUACGUGCAUGAUAAUUGUAUGAGUUUACACUGAAAUUUUACCAAUUAUGGCCUUUCAGUGGGGCCUAUUUUUACUGAAAAAAAUUCUCCAAGAAAGCUCUCCUGCAGGAGCCAAACAUGCACGGCCAACAGUCGAGUUUGCAGGUGAACAUUACAAGCCUCAGCGUUCCGGAAGUUAAAAAAUGCGGCGCGCCUGGUUGUUUUGAAGUGACGUAAUCAUCCAGUUGAGUAUCUGUCAUCUUAACACUUUUGCGGUCAACUACCGCAGAGCUCGUAAAGUACUUUAGGGACGGACCACUAGAAAAGUUAUGGGGGGGGGGGGGGGGUGUACUUCGUCUGUCCCCCCCAUAAGUUUUCUAAUGGUGCGGCCCUUAAUUAAAAUCGUGUUCAAACCACUGUGGAGGAAGUCUGUUUAUAAUUGUGUCGAUAAAUGCACUUCUGACUUUCAUGAGGUUCAAUUUUGAAUGAAUUAUCAAAAUUUUUGUUAAGCGAGAAGUCUACCUACGGUUCCCGGGAAAAGGAACUUUUAUAGUGGCGCAACACAAAUUUUUCGAAAGUCGAGGAGGUGCUGACAAACCAUUCACUAUAUCUAUGCGACUAAAGGAGGGUACAAGGUAUAUAACACGUUUAGCAUUUCGACCCAUAGCCGAAAAAAAUAAAUUAGACAGUUGCCCUAUGUCCUUUCUGGUUUAUCUAGGUAGAAGUCCUGGCAUAUAAUUAUGCCCGAGCGCUUCUAGGAUAUAAAACACGUUUAGCAUUUCGACGCGAAAAAAAAAAACAAUUGAAAGCUGUUCCAUAUCCUCUCUGGUUCAUCCAGGUAGAACUAGUCCUUGCAUGUUAUUCAUGCCUGACCGCUUCCAGGAUAUAUAACACGUUUAGCAUUUCGACCUGUAGAACAAAAAUUAGGCAGUUUUUCGACAUCCUUUCUGGUUCAUCCAGGUAGAAGUCCUUGCAUGAUAUUAUUAUGCCUGAUUGCUUCUAGGAUAUAUAACAUGUUAAGCAUUUCUUACCACACUUUCAUCCUCGUCGAUAAAACACAAGUUAUAGUCAAAUUAAGAGGCCGCUUUGAAUCGAUACGAUUUCAUUUGCAUUUCUCCAAAUUGUAGAGGGACUGAAUAUUAGUUUGAAGAGUGCUUUGAACUGUAGUACAUGUUUAAUCAACAUAAACGAGAAGUGAUCUAAAAGCUGAAGGAGAAGUUUGUAUUUCUAAAUUUUUUCCUGACAUCAAGUUAGGGGCCGUAGAUUUAGGGAGAAAAAAGGGGGGAUUAAAAAAAGAAUGCAGACUCUCAGUAUGUCAGGGAAAAAGAAAAAAAAUCUAUCGUGGGGCAACAUAUUCUUACGCAAAGCAAUUUACCUAUACCCUCUCCCCCCCCCUCCUUACCCCCAAACGCCUCAAAAGUCAGCUAACUGGCCACUUAGUCAGCACAAAACGAAAAACAAAUAACAAGGACAAAAAUUAGAAAGAGCCAAAUUUUCAGGACCGGAGUCGGUUUCUUUGAGGUUCGCACAGUUUCUAGUAGUUAUAUUUGAAUGGAUUACGCGAAAAGGGAUUUUCUUGUCCUUUCAGGUAUUGUAUCAUUUUUAGUGUGUUUACACUGCUUCAAAAAUUGCUUAUUUCAAUAUAGAUAUUUCUUAUUUCUUGCUUACAAAUAUUUUCUAUCGAACCGGCCAAGUUUAUAUUUAGCCAAAUUCGAAAAUAGUAUAGAGAAUGUUGCUGACUAACACUUGCCCAUACAAUGCACUCUCGCUUUAUUAACUUGCUUUGUUACAUCAGUAUAAAAACGUUCACCGGAUUAAUCGAAAUUCGAUAUUUACUUUAGAACAUAGAAUGUUAUGAAAACGGUUGCAGUUUUAUGGAGUUUGUGUCAUUUUCGUGAUAGAGAAUCGGAAAGGAUAUAUUUUAGUAGACAUCAGAUUCCAGAAUAUGUAAAUACAAGAGGGCGGAUCAGAAUGAUAUGAUAUUGCUCUUAUACUGAAGGCGAAAGGGGGUAUAAUAUGUGGUGCGCACUUUCAAAAGUACAUUCACUUAUUAUUCCGCACUUAAAGGGGUCAUAAAAGUGUACUGUUUAAUGGUAUUAAAGUGUUCACUUCAAGAGUCCUAAAGUGAACACUUUAAAGGAGUCUUAAAGGGAACACUUUAAGGAUUAAGUUAUAGCAAACAUUAUGAUGAGAAGAUGGAAUCAUAAUGUCAUUUUAUUUCGAGGCAUUUCCCGUUUCUUAUCAGCAGUGUGCAGGCGGUGUUUCCCUGGCCAAUCAGCAGAUCGAACAUGUUUAGUGCUGUAUAAAAGACUUGUUAUGUGUUUCGCGCGGCCCUUCCAACUAUUACUAUCAGCCUGUACUAGUGACAUCCCUUUGACGCUUAGUUGAAAAUUUUUCCCACCACCUCCCCAGUCUCCGACCUGCCACCGUCUACAUCCUCUUAUAGUUUUAUCGUCUUUAGUUUGUCGCAAGUAAUGGCUAAUUUGUGGCGGAUUUUUGUCCCCACCUUUCCUGAAGAGAUGUUAAUUAGUUAGUUUUAUCAUUGGUUUCAAUUAAAAACGUCACGCUUGUGGCCAUUUAUCCCAAACAGCUGAGAUUCUUGCUCAAUACGUGUAUGCAAAGCUGAUGGGUAUUAAAAUCAUGUCAGCUUAAAGACGACUUCCAUAUUUGCGAAGCACUGUUGAAAAGGAGCUUUCUUUGGAAGUAUGUUACUGAGCUUUACUUUAAGUAUGCUGUACGCAGACGUAUUAUUGGUCGUUAGGUUAAAGCCUUAUACACACCUAUAGAGAAACGUUCAACAUGAACACAAUCAGUCACAGUCUGAUAAACCCGGUAGCAGAA